CUUGAUAGCAAACGACUGUUUCGUUUCAUUCUAUUGCCUUGCGCAAGACGUCAAGUGAAAACGUUUGUCCCGGCAAACGUUUCAAUUUCUUCAAUUUUAGAACGCCCGCCAAGAAACCUUUAGCUGACGAGAAAACACACCGACAAAAAUGUCAGGUAAACGGUCUGCAACAACAGAAUUGAAUCAUGAUAAUUGGAAUGAAGAGAACGAACCAGAAGAGGCAGGUACAUUUGCAAAAGCAGCAGAUGAUAUACUUGAAAAAAGAGUUAUAAAAACAGCGAAACGUCGCUUUUCAUCGAGGGAUGGCGCUAUGAAAAGCGCAUUUGGAACAUUUGCAGGUUUUAAAACUACUCCUGCAACCAGUUCGUCUCCAUUUGGUUUUUUAGCUAGCGUAAGCACCACUUCUACUUUAACUACUUCUGCUGCAUCAACGACAACUGUAAAUGCAAGCAGCAGAAAUAUUGCAAGCAAUGGUUCUAAAAUUCCUGAAAAAGAUGCAAAUAAAAUGGAAGAUACAAUUAAAGCGCAGACACUGUCGAGUACAAGUUCAAGCAAAACAAUUUUGACCAAGAAAGAGAAUGAAAAGACAAAGCGUUAUUCGUCAGAUUAUUACGCGAAGUUAAAGGGACUGAACGAGAGUGUCGCUACAUGGAUAAAAACUCAUGUAGAUGCAAAUCCAUUUUGUAUAUUAACACCUAUAUUUAAGGAUUAUGAGAAAUAUUUGAAGGAGAUUACAUCGAAAGAGAGCACCAAGACACAGGCAUCGCAUACUCCACAAUGUAUAACACAGGCUGCACAAAAUGAUAACCAAAAGGAUACAAGUACAGAGAAAAAACUUGAAACUUCUUCAUUUGACACCUCAAAUGCAAAUACAAAAUCUGCUUCAACUGUAGCAACAGAGUGGAAGCCCGAAAAGUCGAUAUUUUCCAACAUUGCUGCAAAUACAAAAUCGAUAUUUGGCAAUACAGAACAGAGAAUGGAAAGUCCUAAAUCUGUAUUCACCAAUGCGGAUGCAACAUCUGAUAAAGGUAGAUCUAUUUUUGGAAACAUAGAAUCGAAUGUUGCUGCUAAAAGUAUAUUUGGUAAUGCAAAUGUGGAAAGUAAUCCUUUCUUGCACAAAUCCUCUGCCGUUUCGGACGGAGGCAAGACGGACGAAGAGGAUGCGACAUCCAAUACAAAGUCCGUUGCUCCCACCUUUCCAGUUUCCACUUUUAGUUUUGGGCAAAGUUCCACUACCAAUAACGUGACUGCUGGGUUUAGUUUUGGAAGUGCAAAGCCAUUUUCGUUUGCCCCUCAGGCAGUGAAACCACAAGAUUCCGAGGAUAAAACAGAUAAUGAAAAUAAAGAUAAAGAUGAAGAAGAUGAAGAACCACCAAAACCAGAUUUCAAACCAGUAACCGAAGAAGGUGCUGUUUAUGAACAACGAUGUAAAGUAUAUAUAAAGAAAAAUGACAACUUUAGUGACAGAGGUGUCGGGAUGUUAUAUUUGAAACCAACACCAAAUGGAAAGACGCAAUUGAUAGUACGAGCCGAUACUGCUUUGGGCAACUUGUUACUCAAUAUUUUGUUAACUCAAAGUAUUCCCAUCAAACGCAUGAACAAGAACACGAUAAUGUUAGUCUGUCUACCGAUGCCAGAUUCUUCACCACCACCAGUCCCAAUGCUGUUAAGAGUGAAAACUAGUGAGGUUGCGGAUGAACUAUUUGAAACAUUGAAUAAACAUAAAAAGUAGAAAAUUAAAUAAAUAAAAGAUGACGCUGAUCGGAACAAAGAUGAUUUUUUUGACACAAUGUUAAGAAUGGAUAAAUCCUAAUUCAUACAUAACAGAAAAUUUGUUUAUUAAUCAAUAAGGUUUAUGUCAAGCUUCAUUAUUCUGUUCAUCAUUCCAUAAAAUAAAAUUUGUAAAUGUAAAUUAUGCGAAUACCUAGAAAAAUACAUAAUAUUUAAAGAUUACUAAUCAUCAGUAAAAUUGCAAGCAAACAGAGAUUUCACGAUUAAAAAAUGGUACAUUUUUUCCAAUUCUUAUUUCAUCUAUGCAGAUAUUGUACAAAAAUGUAAUUAACAUAUAUAUCUUACUAGAUUCUAUAUCUAAUAAGAGAUAUAUUCUAAUAAGAGAUAUAUAUAAUCUUAUUAUUUCUCAAAGGAUAUCUCUAUACUUACAUGUAUGGCGCUAUUUGGAAUGAUUGUUGCUAAUGUAAUCAAUAAUGUAAGAAUAAUACAUUGAACAUAUAUGUACAUAGUAGGAACACAAUAGUAUAUAUUGCAAAAUAGGUGAUUUAUGCAUGUAAUGGUUGAUGAAAUAUUCUGUACUAUUAAUUAUAAGUACAAAAAAAUACAGAUUACAUGGAAUUACCUGAUAU